ACGAGAGGUUUGCUUCGUCACGUGACACACAAGCAGCGUUUUGUGAGCGCAUUUCCAAGCUUUUGUACAUAACAUUUUGUACAUACGGUAUUCAAGUGAUGAGUUCGAGUAAUACACAGAGGGCGGGGAAAAGCAGCCGGGAUCGAGGGAACAAGUCACCGUCGGCGGCGACGACACAGUCCCCCAAGGCGGUCACUGCCACAGAUGGGCAUGCCAAGCCGCCCGACGGCUUCAUUCCCAAAGUCCAGCCAACUCCCGAACAGAUCCGGCUGGCACAGAUUAUCAAUGACCCAACGAAGCAGGACGAUCCGGACAUCAAGAACAAAGUCCAACAGGUGAUGGAGGUGACAGGCCAGUCCAGUGAUGCAGUCGUGAUAGCACUGCAUGACUGCGACAAUGACCCCACGCGAGCCAUCACCAUGCUCAUUGAAGGCAACAAGCAGGAGGGCGAGUGGGAGACUCGGGGCAAGAAGAAGAAGCCCGUGAAGGAGGGCAACCAGCAGCAGCAGCAACAACAGCAGCAGAAAGGGGACCAAGGUGGCCCCGCGAGCAGUAACAAGGAAAACCGUGGGGGGCCUCGCGGGGAGGGCGGCCCCCCACGCAACAUGCCCCGGGGGUCUAGCGGAGGAGGCAGAGGAGGAGGUCGCGGAGGCAGCUGGAAGAACAAGGAAAUCGAGAAGAACGAGCGAAACCUAGAAGACGGGCGCACUGGCGAGCGGACUGGCGACAUGCGACCACGAGGAGGCAGCAGACGUGGUGGCCGGGGCGGCAGAGGAGGUGGUGUUGGUGGGGGACGUGGUAGCCGCACGUUCCAGAACCGAGGGCUGGGCGGCCAUGACGGCUUCCCUCAGUCCAUGGACACGUGGACCAACAGCACGUCUGCCGGAGGACAGCGAGCAUCCAGAGGAAGCCAGCAGCAACAGCAGCAGCAGGACACCAUGGCAGUCGGCAACUGGAAUGACCUGGCGGUCAGUGAAGACUGGAGUGAAGAGGACUGGACUGGCCAGCUGGAAACUAAGGUGUUCACUGCAAGUGGAGCGGCUGCGAUACCUCCGCCAGCGCCCGACACGGCGAGCAUCAUACAGUUGUUGAAGGAGUCUCCACAUGAGUCGAUCAGUGUGGCACAGUACAACCAGCAAGCCACGGAAUCCAUCAAGGCGGCUGUUGGGGUUGGCUCGGCAGCCAAUUCGGUGAGCAACAGCAGCUACCCCGUGACUCAGGUGGUGUCCUCUGCGGACUCUUCUUCCGUCACAACCUCCAAGCCUGUUCCUGCACCCCAGCGGACAAAGACACCGAGGGUGCGUGUGCCACCACCUUCGAAGAUACCGGAGUCUGCAGUGGAAAUGCCAGAGGACAGUGCUGUGUCAUCGCUAGAAGUCCAGUUCGGUGGCCUCGAGUUUGGCACGGACACAUUUGACUUCGGGGCUGCGGAUGGCUUGGCAGCGGUGUCCACUGCACAACCCACGAUGCCGCCAGGGCUGGUUCAAACGGAGCAGGCGUCAGUCACUGCAUCCGUUCCAUCAUCCACACCUUACAUGGAUGGACAUCACUCGGUCAGUAAGGUCCCAUCAUCGACAGUCAUCUCCAGCAGUCCUGUGGGUCCAAUGGGUCCUUCCUCAGUUGCCAGCAAGGACGUCUCUCCCACGACGGCUGGCGCAGUGCCACAGGCACAGUCGCAGCAACCAUCACAGCAACAGUCUCAGCAGCAAUCACUACCUUCACAACCAUCGGCAGCAGCACCUCCCAGUGCCUCCCUGCCUCGACCUCCUGGCAUCCCUGCACCCAAGGAACCUCCUCAGGGCAUGGGGAACAGUGUGCCCCCUACAGCGAAUGCAUUGGGUGGGGCUCCCGCAUCCUCUGCAACCUCUGCAGCGGUCGCAGCAUCUGCAGCCUCCUCGGCCAGUCACAAGCCUGGCUCUGUGAUGGCCCCUGAGCAUCUGCUGCUGCAGUCGCAAUCCCACUCUGAGCGCAGCAAGCCCGUGUCAUCCUCAUCUGUGGCUGGCCCACAGUCCAAGAUGUACACCGGUGGAGCUGCCGCCCAGAGGAACAGCCAAGGGCUAGAAGGUGGGCUGUCGUCUGCGGGCAAAGUGGAGCAGCCAAUGUACUCGUCGGCAGGCGGUGGAGGCCAGCACUACAGUGGUGGGGCCUACCCAGGGGGUGGGGGCAAGGGCCUGGUGGGCUCCUACUUGGCCCACUCUCAGGGCUUCCCAUCGUCCACCACGGGGCAGCAGCAUUACUACACUGCUCAGCAGCCCACCAGUUCCACAACUGCUGCCUUUGGCCAGCAGCAGAGCAAUGGUUACCAGGGUCCGUACCAGAGCAAUGCCUAUUCCGGGCCGAGCCAGCCACAGCAGGCAAACUAUGGGGUCUCUUCCAAGCUCUCGGCAUCCGCAGGGUUGGGUCCUCACUCGGUGAAGGAUUCAGUGCUUGAUUCCACGUCUCAGCAAGGAACUGCCAGCCAGCACGUUUACGAGAACUCGCAUGUCCCCGCCACCGCAGCAGGGAUGCCAUCUGGGCCAGCGUCAACGCUAGCAACAACAGCGUCCUCGUUAGCGGGUGCCACGGCAACCACAUCUGUGCUCAAGAACUCUAUGUCAGCAACGGGCAAGACCAUGCCCACGAUGCCGCCUGGAGUGCCUACUGCCAUGCUUGGCCACCAGUUCCUUGUGGGAAACGCUGCCAUGCCGUACUAUGGCUUGCAGCAACAGCCUUUGUAUAGCUACGAAGACUUGCAGAUGCUACAGACUAGAAUGCCACACCUGGGCUACUAUGACAUGCAGUACCCUGUGCCUGCCACGAGCCUCGCCGGCCGAGACCUCACGUUGAACAACAUGGCUUUUGCAGAGGGUAGCAAGUUUGGCCGUGGCGAGAACAGCGACAGCAGUCCCGGCACAGUAGCUGGGGUGGGACCGCAAGGGGCUGCGGCAGGUGCUGCAGCUGCUGCCCAGGGUGGGGCCCAGGGGGGACAGCAGGGAGCACCCCCCACGGCAGGACAGCAGGCAGCUGCCAGCCAGCCGUUCUUGAGCACACUGCCCCCGGGAUACGGCUACUACUACCCAUCCAACCUCAUGCCCGGAUCCAUCCACCACUACGGACCGCCGCCCAUGUUCCCUGUGCCUCCAGCGACCAACGCCCACGGCCCCACCACAAGCGCGCAGUUUCAGAAAGCCAGUGCGUAUGCAUCCCAUUCGUUCACCUCCGGCGGGUAUGAUGGCCUAAGUCAGACACCAGACUAUGCCAAAAACACCUACGGCGCAGGUUCUCAGGGACAGGCUAAGGGCAUCUCGGGUUCAUUGGGUUCGGCCGAUGCAUCCAGGUCAGGGCACGCUAGAACCCACCCCCAUUUAGCAAAGUCUUUUGAGAAGCCAGGCUUUCUGGCAGGCUCGCAGUCUUCGGCAGUAGCGGCAUCCUCGACAGCAGCAGCAGCGGCAGGCCACCAACAGCAGCCCGGAGGCUCGUCUUAUCCGCAGUUUGCGGGACCUCGUGGCUCACCUCCGUCGUUGGCAAAGCAGCAGCAGCAACAGCAGCAGCAACCGGGUGGUCACGUGCGCCAGGGAUACCCGUACUGGGGCAACUGAAAUGUGUUGUGCUUCUGUGUCUCUCUCCUCUCUCUGCAAUAGUUUCUCCCUCCUCUUGGCCCAAGCAGUUUCUUUGCCUUGUUCACACCUAAAAGCCUGACGUAAAAACUCUCCUCUCCCGCUUUCUCUGUCAAGAGGGACGGCGCAGAAAAAGUUGUCUGUCCAAAUGCGCUCACAAGACAGUCCUCCCCCGCCCUUUUUCUGCUGCCGGCCCCCUCCCCCUUCGGACCGACUUGCUGUUUGUUGUUGCCCCAACUGUGCUUGCAGUGCUAUGCUGACGACGGGACAGUUUGUCUAAACGUUAGGCUUCCGGACAGCUGGCUGCUUGUGAGCGUUUCACAUGCUGCAGUGGCCCCUGCUGUAGUGAUGGUGAUGUUGCUUGCUGCCUUUUUUUUUUUUUUCUGCGCUUAAAGACCAACAUUUUUUUUUACGUCUUGUUUUCUUUGCUUGGCCACACUUUUAUUCCUGUACCUGCUUUUUUUUUUUUUUUUCUUAUUCUCUCUUUGUAGCAUGCAGUUGCUGUAUUGUAGCCCUACAGGCCUUCAUUUCUUUUUCUCUAGUUUGUCAUGAACUUCUAUGAGAGCAAAAGACUCAAUGCAUGUACUGGCCACUGCAGACUCGGGAUAUGUUUUUGCCAUCUGGGGAAGCACGAGCAAAUGUGUCCUAUCAGGCCUCAUGUGCGAUGAUGCAGUGAUUCUUGGGAUUUUUUUUCCCCUCUCUUUCAACAUAUGCUGCUGCACUGAUGGGUUGUUUCUGCAGAGCUUUUUACAUGGGGUUUUCCUUUCUCUGGCUUUUUUUUUUUUUUUCAUUUUCUUGUAUGCAUUGCACCUUUGCUCGUUGGACUUGUUUGAUGUACUUUUUUUUUUCUUUCAUUUUUUACAUCGAGAACGCCUGCCAGCCAUUGUAAAGAAUGUUUCAAAAACUUUUUUUUUUUUUUUUUUUCAAUGUGUGUCAGUGCACCAUAAACGCACCCUUAAUGUCGAGCAUUAGCACUGACAUUUCUUAGCAAAAUUAGAAAUCUGCAUUAGAAAUCUGCGAAAAGGUGUAGCAUUGACGAGGUGUACAUUUUCAGUGUAUCUUAGUCGAUCGAAUGUGGGUGGGUUUGGAUAAAAAGCCUAACCAGCUUUUUUCCUUUUUUUUCUUUUUCCUUGGCUGUCUGGAGCCAGAAUAUUUUUAUAGCUCCCCAAGCGGUUCUAUUCCCUUCUUGAAUGGUUCAUAGUGGCUUGUUUUUUGUUUCUUUUCCCCGGCAUCAGUGCCACGUCCAAACGGCACUGCUGCGCCGGUCUGAAGGCUGCCAAUUUCACAAAUGUGCCACUUCGAUUUUUUCAAUACGACUUCAAGCAAAGACUCAGUACAGCACAUCAAAAAAAAAAAAAUAAUAAAGGAACAAGCAGUACAAAGUGUACUGGAGACUUUGCAAAGUCCAGAUGGCACAUUUUAGAGACUGCAUCGCACAGAUCGGCGUAGCUUUGCCACCUUCUUUAGCCCAAGGGCUCUCCUUUGUUGUGAAACUACCUGCAAGGAAUGUAACCGUGAAGGGAGCUGAAAGUCGAGAGCAGUCUUUGGCUUUUUCGUUAUUAUUUCUCUUUAGCCUUAGCUGAACUUAUCUCAUUGUCCGCACUUAAUUUUUAUUUCUUUUUUGCUUCUCCCUCAUUUCGUUGUGUGCAUGUACUUCAGAGUGAACCCUUUUGUACAUAUUUGCCAGGAAGCGACAUUGUGAGCACUUUGCCGCAUUCAUAUUGUACGCCAUUUUUUUUUACGGCUUUUUUUUUCUCUCCCUCGCAUUGUGAUGUGUGUGUCUGUGUGCUUGGUUGUGUGCAUGCUUCUUUCAUAGCUUUUUUUUUUUCUUUCAAUCUCAAAACAAGAAAACCCGUUGUCAACACGAUUAGAAUUGUCUGGUGCUGGCAGGCAGGUCAUCUUGUUGUGAAAGGGGGGAAAAGCAUUGCCUCCAUCUAUUUCUUUUUCUCAGAAGUGAAAGCACGCUGCAUAUAAAACUAAACUUGUAGAGUGCGGUCGUUGCGUUUACGAACUUAUUGUCUUUUCGCAAUUUCGUUCUUGGGUGUCUGUUCUAAUGUUCUAAGCAGCGCUUCGAUUGUGGUCAAUGAGAGAACGGCAGCAGCUCGCAGUAGUAUUUUUUUCUACUGAACCAUUUUGCAAACGUUGUUGUCGUCCUCCUACUACUGUAAUAUUUUCGUGCUCCCCCCCACCCCUCCAUUUUUGUUUGUGAAGUUGACACACAUAAAAUAUAUAUAUAUAAUGUAUAUGUAUACAUAUUCGUAGGGAAAGUGAAAAAAACGGAGCAAGCAAGGAAGUCCCUUUGUAAAGUUGUUUUACCCCCCACACAAAGCGGAGAAAAAUGUGUGGCAAUGCUGCGUGAAAUCAGGACGAGAAAAAAGAAAAUAAAUGUUUGUAAAUAUAUGAAUAUACAUUUUUGUUUGUUUUCUUUUUGACUGUGUUUAUCAGCCUCCUUUCAGUGCAGAAUGCUCAUGGUCUGAUACAAGCAUGCAAAUGGGAAGAGUUGGUAGUUUCUGUUUGUGUGGUGAGAAGGUGUGAUAUAUAUAAAUAUAUAUAGUUUGUGACGAGAGGCUCCAGAAAAAAUAAAAUACUUGUCAUUAA